GUUGGAAGGAUUAGAACGAGCCGCCUGAUCCUACUCCAGUUUAGGCUCUACAUCUGCGUAAGAAUACUGGAGCUGUACGCAUAUACCCGCUGGCUAUCCAACACUUUAACCUUCCUAAAGAUCAUCAUCAUCAUUGACAGCUUCUCCCCACAAAAGGGAAGCUGCAGUGUUAUUCUUCAUAUGAUGGAGCUAAGGCAAACAAAGUGGUCACGUCUGGCUCUUCAAUUGCCUCUUGUUAUACUUGCAUUGGUAGUCCUUUUCAAUGCUCAACCUGCCAAGAUGGUCAGACCCAAUGACUUCAAGAAAUGCGGCGAUUCAUCCUUCUGCCGACGUUUGCGUCGUUUAUCUUCCUACAGUGAAGAGCAAACACGUAAUAAUCAUGGAAGUCCCUUUGAGUCACCAUACUUUAUCGCGAGUAAGUCGACAAAAUACGACUCCAACACAGCAACCUUAAAGGCAACAGUGAAAUCUGCCCUUCAUUCUGCACUGCAGUUCGAUUUGCAAGUGUUGUUCUACAACGAUGGUACCAGUCGCGUAAAGCUCGAUCAAGGAGGACAAAAGCAUGGGGGAUGGAAACGAUAUGAUGAGGCUGCUGCUUGGGCAAUCGAUCAACAGCCCAUUCCUGCUGAAGCUGGUCAAGUGAACGUGCAGGAAGACAAUGGCCAAACGACUGUCACAUUUGGGCCCAACGGUGAGAACAAAUUGCUCUUGUCACAUCAACCUCUCAAGGCUACAUAUCUACGCAAUGGUGUCCCUCAAGUAGUGCUCAAUGAACGUGGUUUGUUGCACAUGGAGCACUACAGACCAAAGCCGGACCCUUUCCCGUCCGCAAACGAUGACGAUGCUAAGAAGCUUGUAUUCCAAAACCGCAAGAGAUCCUUUGAGGAAGCUGGUCAUGCUUCCAUUCGAGCAGAUCAGUGGUCCGGCUUCGAACAAGAAGACGAUGGCGAAUGGGAAGAGAGCUUCAGCGGACGUACCGACACGAAACCGAAAGGACCCGAAGCAUUAUCGCUGGAUAUUGAAUUUCCCGGCAAGACACACGUGUUCGGUUUGCCAGAGCAUGCCAGUCCUCUCAACCUUCGCAGCACUCGUGGACAUACCGAAGAGGACUUCAAAGAGCCUUAUCGAUUGAUGAAUACAGAUGUAUUUGAGUAUGACUCUGACUCCCCAAUGAGUCUUUACGGCUCCGUUCCGAUCAUGCAUGCCCAAAGUGCUGAUUCAGCUGCCAGUGUACUGUGGCUUUCCGGCAGUGAGACUUGGAUCGACAUUGAUCGCUCAGAAACGAACAAGGUCUCCAAAGCCCGUGCUCACUUUUUCUCUGAAUCAGGCAUUUUGGAUCUUUGGGUCUUUCUCAAGCCAACUCCAGGGGAGAAUCUAGCAACGUUCUCACAACUUACCGGCAGAACACCUUUGCCUGCAUACUUCUCACUGGGAUACCAUCAAUGUCGAUGGAAUUACUUGACAACAGAUGAUGUUCUAAAUGUUAACAAGAGAUUUUCCGAAGACGAUAUUCCCGUUGAUGUUCUUUGGCUUGACAUUGAAUAUGCCAAAAACCACUGGUAUGGAGUCUGGAACGAAGAAACUUUCCCAAAGCCAGAACGCAUGCUAGAAGGACUAGAUGCAGAAGGACGUAAGCUGGUGAUCAUCAUUGAUCCGCACUUUGCUCGUAAGGAUGAGUACUUCCUCUACAAAGAAGCAAACAGCAACGAUUUAUUCGUUAAAGAUGCAGACAACAAGAACAGCUACGAAGGUUGGUGCUGGAGUGGCUCAGCAAGUUGGACUGAUAAUUUCAAUCCUAAAUUCUGGGCAUGGUGGAAGACCAUCUUUAGCCUUGCCGGAAAGAAGAUCAAAGCCAACGCAAGAAACAUGCACUUCUGGUUGGAUAUGAAUGAGCCAGCUAUCUUCAAUGGACCUGAAAUUACUGCCCCGAAAGAUGUGCGUCAUCAUGGCGGAUGGGAACAUCGCGAUGUGCACAACAUUUAUUCGGUCGCUUACCACAAUGCAUCCUAUGAAGCUGCAAAAGCCCGUGAAACACCAAAUCGAAGACCUUUCUUGCUUGCUCGUGGUUGGUGGAUUGGAACAUGGAAAGCAGGACCAAUUUGGACAGGGGAUAAUCUCGGUACGUGGGAGCACUUGGCUGUUGCAGCACCGAUGAUCUUAGCAAACAAUAUUGGAGGAAUGAGCUUCUGCGGUGCAGAUGUCGGAGGAUUCUUCGGAAACCCUGCUCCUGACUUCUUGCUCAGAUGGUACCAAGCCGGUAUCUUCCAUCCUUUCUUCCGUGCACAUGCUCAUAUCGAUACCAAGCGACGUGAGCCUUACUUGUUGGCAGAGCCUCAUAAAUCCGCUGUCCGCGAAUUGAUCAAGUUACGUUAUCAAUUGUUGCCGGUAUGGUAUACGGCAUUCAAACAAUCCAAUCAUGGUGGUUUACCCGUCUUGAGACCUCAAUAUGUGAUGUUCCCGAAUGACGUCAACGGAUUCUCGAUCGACGAUCAAUACUACAUUGGCGAUUCGGGUCUUUUGGUCAAACCUGCCGUAAAAGCGGAUGCUGAAUCUGUUGAAGUGUAUUUAGCCGAAGAUCAACCAUACUACCAUUUUUUCACAAAGGAAGUUUACUUUGGUUCAAGCAGUGGCAAAAAGGUCACAGUUCAAUCUCCUUUGACGAGCGAAGUGCCUUUGUUGAUGCGUGGUGGAAGUAUCUUGCCUAUCCGUCAACGUGUUCGUCGUUCCGCAGAAUUGGGAUGGCGUGAUCCUUUCACUUUGAUUGUUUCCGUCAACAAACCUGCUUCUUCCGGUAGUGAUACCGUGCGGGCAUCUGGCAGACUGUAUUUGGAUGAUGGCCAAACGUAUGACCACGAAAAGGGAGACUUUGUUUGGCGUCAAUUCGACUUGCACCAUGAUCAAAGCGGCAAGCAUGUUUUGAAAAUCACAGACUUACGCCCAACAAGCUCAAAGACGGAGUUAGCUACAUUCACUGGACAAAGCGCAUUUGCCGAAGCGAUUGCAGAUGUUCGAGUGGAACGAUUGAUCGUUUUAGGUUUGGAGAAAGCACCUAGCGCAAUUCAUGCGAUCGAUUCAAAGACGAAUGAGCGCGUUCCAUUGCAAUUCACAUGGCAAGCUGGCGUGUCAGCAACGUCAAAGGGACUCAAAUCAAGCAAAAAGAGCAGCGAAUUGAUCAUCAAGGAUCCCGCAGUGAAGAUCAUCGGUGAUUGGAAGAUAGAGUUUGACGUAUGAUGAUCAGACAAAAAUGAGGAAUGAUAUUAUAAGAAUAUGCGAUAA